UGGCCCUCUUGGCUGUAUGCACAGUACGAGCUGGCGCCGGCGGCGGCGCGCGUGCGUGCUGACGUGCAACGGUGCCUGCUGUGCGCGCCGGGCGUGGUGCCGGCCGACCCGGCCGAGCUCUCCUACUGGGUGGCCAUGAGUCUGCCGCUCGAUGACGACGUCAGGGCCCGGCUGCUGCGGCUGGACUCGGUGGUGAGGCGGCUCCGGUACGAGAUCAGCAUCAUGCGCACGUUCAAAGUGAUGGCAUGCGCCGACUGUGAGCAGCCGCUGGCCAGCUCGGACGAUGUGUUCGCCAUGUCGGCCGAGGGUCCUCAGAGCAUCUUCGUCAACCCGCACGGUGACCUCCACGAGACUCUAACAUUGCACAGGGCCAGCGGCCUACGAUGCAUCACCCGGCCCUCCACAGAGUACAGCUGGUUCCCCGGCUAUGCCUGGGAGAUUGCCCACUGCACCCAGUGCAGCAGUCACAUGGGCUGGAGGUUCACGGCGUGUCGCGAGUCGCUGCGGCCGACCUCCUUCUGGGGGCUGUGCCGCCGCUCGUUGGCCGUCCGCUCCGGCCCGGUGGCCGGAGCGCCGCCGCCCGACGAGUCCGACGAGCCCGGUCAGAUCAAGCUGAUCUUCUGAGGCGGCCGAAGGGUGGCCUGCCGAGGCGGCCGGUCAUUUGACGGUGGUGUGCCGGGGAAGGGAUCGCGGCUCGGGCCGGGAGACCCGUGAUCCGGCGAAUUCAGGCAGGUCAGGCGGCUUCUCACGGACGUGGCUUCCAAGUGUCGCGGUGGUUUGCGUUACGUCGUACGCAUCGGCAUGGUGGCGCGCUUCGCCCUGUCAACAGUUUGCCUUUGCGGCGGUGGUAAAGACGUUGCUAGAUGGAUCUGUUUGCCGACCAGGCGAUGGCGAUGGCAGGCUGCUGGUGUCGUGUGUCAUGCGGAGGGCUGUGAGCUGAUCCAUGUUGUGAUCCGUUUACAGGAUGUGAUCGGGCUGUAUACUCGGGCCGGGGUGUGUGUGUACUUGUCGUGUAUCCGCAUCCUCCCCAGCCAUCGGCAGCCGUUGUAGCGCGCGUGCGGUGCGGCUGCCGGCCCCGGACGGGGUACAGUCGGUUGCGGUGCGGCGCCCUCCAUGUCGGUUAUGGUGCCUCUGGUGCUCCAGCAGCUCCCGGCACAGCGCUGGGUGUGCUCGGCUGGAACGGGGAACGGCUCACAUUGGCACAUCUUGCUGGCAUAGGUAACUGAGAUUCGGAUUUUUGCCCUGUGCUUGCGGAGCUUUGAGAAACGUACGGCAGUUUGUUGGGUGCCGAGUUUCCUGCCUGAAGGGCUGUUACUAAUAGAAUUUGGAAAUGCUAUGAAUAUGCCCGCACCCCUAGUUUACUGGAACAGGUUUGUAUCCCCACCCCUUCACUACGGAUCCCGAAAACUUUUUUUACACAUUCAACGCCGAAAACGGCACUUUGCGCUGGCUGGCCGUCAUACCAGGAUUUCCGGUCAUCCAUUAGAGAGGAGAUUAUGCUUUCAUGCUUACGUGAAAUGCCCGACACCUGCAUGGACGUUUGCGCAGUCGGACAGAGGGAUAUGAGGUGUUAUGGCCCGCAUUUUACUGGCAAAAUGUCGAAAAGCAAGUCUCGUUACAUGUAACUGACGGUCACGAUCAGCAGUGUUUUGCGGGCGGCAUAGAAACGUUGAUUUUGUGCAUCGACGUUCGGCAGCUGGCUGUCCGCCUGGGCAUGUCUUUGUUGGUGUCUUAUUGGCAAUACGCUUAUGCUACGGUAAUAUACGAGUACAUAUGUUGGUU